CACCUUAAAGUCGGCAGCGCUGGAUGUGCCACCACUUAAUAACCCUCAGAUCUUCCCAUUUCGCGCCCAACCAUUUGUCAUCCCACGGUCCCCCGCCUCUUCUCCUUCCUCAUCUCCGACCACCACCGCCAUCACCACCAUCGCCGCCAGCCACCACACCGCACCAUACAGAGAUAUUGUUGAAUUUUAGAGGGAGAAAGAGAUGGGGGUUGAUUAUUACAAUAUACUGAAAGUGAAUAGGAACGCGAGCGAAGAUGAUCUAAGGAGGGCGUACCGGAGAUUGGCAAUGAUUUGGCAUCCGGAUAAGAACCCUAGCAACAAGCGCGAGGCAGAGGCCAAGUUCAAGCAGAUCUCCGAGGCUUACGACGUUCUCAGUGAUCCUCAGAAGCGUCAGAUCUACGAUCUCUACGGUGAGGAGGCUCUCAAGUCCGGCCAAGUCCCCCCGCCCCCCGCCUCCACCCGAGGCGGUCCUCAGCACCACAAUCACCACCCUAACCCAUCCUUCAGGUUCAAUCCUCGUGACGCUGAUGAUAUAUAUGAAGAGUUUUUUGGGCCUGAUGGAAGUGGCACCGGCGCCGGUGGGGGCGGUGGCGGGAGGAAUAGGGUGUACAAGGAUGGGUUUUUUAGGACUUCUAAUGGGGAUUAUGGAAGUCAGGCUCUGCGGAAGGCGGCGCCGGUGGAGAACCUGUUACCGUGUAGUCUUGAGGAGCUUUACAAGGGGGCCAAGAAGAAGAUGAAGAUUUCGCGCACCAUUUCCGAUGCUUUCGGGUACGGAAAGAUUCGGACUGUGGAGGAGAUAUUAUCCAUUGACAUUAAACCUGGUUGGAAGAAGGGGACAAAGAUCACUUUCCCGGAGAAGGGUAACCAGGAGCCUGGUGUCAUUCCAGCUGAUCUUAUUUUUGUGGUAGAUGAGAAACCCCAUCUAGUGUUUAAAAGGGAUGGGAAUGAUCUGAUAGUUGACCGGGAGAUCACACUGCUGGAGGCGCUAACUGGUAAGGCCCUUGAGCUGAAAACCCUGGACGGAAGGAGUCUUGAGAUCCAAUUGACAGAUAUUGUCAAACCAGGCUAUGAGAUGGUUGUUCCAAAUGAAGGAAUGCCAAUCUCAAAAGAACCCAGUAGGAAGGGAAACCUGAGGAUCAAAUUUGACGUCAACUACCCAUCAAGGCUUACCUCAGAACAGAAAUCUGAUUUAAAGAGAGUAUUGGGAGGAAGCUCAUCAUGAUUUCACACUUAAAAAGGUCAAGGUAAGGGGUGACCAUAUUAACACAAUUAGAUGUUUCAGUUGCUGUUGGAUGUAAAUAUGGCAAAUGUAUGCAAUUGAAGAAAAUGUGAAUACUAGGAAGAAGUUUUAGUGGGGUGGAAGAAAGAGCUGUGGGGGAAAAAUAUAGUGUGGUCCUUAUAAUCCAAUGUUUGGACAUAUUGGUGAUAAUAGGAUGGGUUUCCUCUGGCUGCCAGUGGGGAUGGACCUCAGAACCUAACUAAAAGAAAUAGCUAGGUAAUGUGUGCCUGAGUUCUGUCAGUUUUUUGGCUAGUGAUUUGUUGCCUAUGAUUUGCAAUUGUGUAUUAUUGGAUGUAUUCCUUGGAUCUAGAACAGAGUAAAUGAAUUGGUUACCUUUUUAACCUGAGUAAUAUUAAAUUUAAUGUAUUGGUUGAUUUAAAGA